GGGUGGGGAGAAGGGGGCCGAGCCGCCGCUGCCGUCGCCGCCGCCGCCGCUGUCGCCGCAGUUGCGGUGGGUGUUUGUGUUUGGGGCCGGGCAGCUUGGACCUCAGCCGUAUUAUGUCCGUGUGAGGAUCCCCCAGUGUCCCUCGACAGUCCGGAGCCUGCUCCAAUUCUUCCUCCACCCCUGGCGCCAUGGGGUCCAUCCUAAGCCGCCGGAUCGCCGGGGUGGAGGACAUCGACAUUCAGGCGAACUCGGCCUAUCGGUACCCUCCCAAGUCCGGAAACUAUUUUGCCACCCACUUUUUCAUGGGAGGUGAGAAAUUCGACACCCCUCACCCUGAGGGUUACCUCUUUGGAGAGAACAUGGAUCUGAACUUCCUAGGCAACAGACCAGUACAGUUUCCCUAUGUGACUCCUGCUCCCCAUGAACCUGUGAAGACCCUAAGAAGCUUGGUGAAUAUUCGCAAAGACUCCUUACGACUUGUGAGGUACAAAGAUGAUGCUGACAGCCCAACAGAAGAGAAUGAGAAGCCAAGAGUCAUGUAUAGCUUGGAGUUCACUUUUGAUGCUGAUGCACGAGUGGCUAUCACAAUAUAUUGCCAGGCAGUGGAGGAGUUCAUGAAUGGGAUGGCAGUAUACAGCACAAAGAAUCCUUCUUUGCAGUCCGAGACGGUCCAUUAUAAGAGAGGGGUGAGCCAGCAAUUUUCCCUUCCUUCCUUCAAGAUUGAUUUCUCAGAAUGGAAAGAUGAUGAGUUGAACUUUGAUCUGGACCGGGGUGUAUUCCCAGUAGUGAUCCAAGCUAUUGUAGAUGAAGGAGAUGUUGUGGAAGUGACUGGUCAUGCCCAUGUAUUAUUAGCUGCUUUUGAGAAGCAUGUUGAUGGCAGCUUCUCUGUGAAACCUUUAAAACAGAAGCAGAUUGUGGAUCGAGUUAGCUACCUCCUCCAGGAAAUCUAUGGUAUUGAGAACAAAAACAACCAGGAAACUAAGCCCUCUGAUGAUGAGAACAGCGAUAACAGCAACGAAUGUGUUGUGUGUCUAUCUGAUCUGCGAGACACCCUGAUCCUUCCCUGCCGACACCUUUGCCUUUGUAACUCAUGUGCUGAUACUCUACGCUAUCAAGCAAAUAAUUGUCCCAUCUGCAGGCUACCUUUUCGGGCCCUCCUACAGAUCCGGGCAGUGAGGAAGAAGCCAGGAGCACUGUCCCCUGUCUCAUUCAGUCCUGUUUUAGCACAGAGCAUGGAUCACGAUGAACACUCUUGUCCCUUUAAAAAAUCAAAGUCGAACCCUGUCUCUUUGGCCAGCAAGAAACCUAAAAGGGAAACAAACUCUGACAACAUCCCACCUGGAUAUGAACCCAUCUCUUUGCUGGAAGCUCUGAAUGGCCUUCGCUCCAUCUCUCCUGCUAUUCCUUCAGCUCCUCUUUAUGAAGAAAUCACUUAUUCAGGGGUUUCUGAUGGGCUCUCUCAAGCUGGUUGUCCUCUUGCUGGGCUCGAUAGAGCCUUGGAGAGCAGCCUUCAAAAAAACAAGCCAAACAAGUCUCCAGACAGCACAUUGCGUUCUCCAUCAUCUCCUAUUCAUGAAGAAGAUGAAGAGAAACUGUCUGAAGACUCCGACUCACCUCCCCCACUAAGUGGGGCUGAGCUCGCCCUUCGGGAGAGCAGUUCACCAGAGAGCUUCAUAACUGAAGAAAUUGAAGAGGUGCCAUCUCUAAAGCAAGAGAGCCAAGCCCCAUCUAUAGAGGACGUCUUACAAGACAGCAGCACUGAGCAUAGAAGCCUUAAUCAACCUGGGAUUGAUCCUCCAGCUGACAUAUACUUACCAGGAAGUUCAGCCUCGAUGGAAACUCCCCAAAGCCACAGUGUGAAUGGUUCUACUCGGCCUCCAGUCUGUGACCCCAGCCCUGAAUAUCGGGAGGCUGAACUGACUUCUCUGUAAGAUCUCAGCCAGGGAGUGGUUUGGAGCCUUCAGCUCAUUAGGCCUUUAUGAAAAGGCCUUUCGAUCUGGACACCAAAAUACACGCACAGACUCUUCUUUCUCUCCAUCCUCUGUGGGAAUACUAGGCUCUAAGAUGCCACACAGACUUUGACCAAAAGAGCACAGCUAACCUUACACUCUGAUUACUUCCCUUUUUGUAUGUUAAAUUUAUUUGUAAAUGGUACACGAUGAAGGACAGCAGCUUUUAUCAUGCAGCCAUUGAGGGCUUUUUUUUUUUUUCCCUGUAGGACCCCAUUGUUUGGGGUAAGCAGGACUCAGGAGGUAGUUCCUUCUCCUAGGGCAGAAAUAACUGCUUAUAAGGCCAGCCUGGAGUUGGCACAAUUUGCAUUUUUAAAGCCUGGAAUAUAUCUGAAACUUGGGGUUCAGGACCGGUAAGCUCCCUAGGGUGACAUUUAUGUCCACAGCAGAGAUUUUAGGGAGUAGGUGAGAUAUUUUCUUCUAAAGGUAGUUUUGAGAGGGGGAUUUUAAAUUUGUUUUUUGGGGGAGGGAGGAAGAAGAAACUUAACAAAAGGAGGAGGGGAACCAAAUCAAAAGUCUAUGAAGGAAAAUAUAGUGUAUAUUUUGUAACACACAGUGGCUCAUGCUAGCCUUUUGCUGUUGCUGGUGUUUGCUUGAUAACAUGCUUGUUUGCCACAAACAUGACCCUCCUGCAGCAGCACCUGUCCAUGUAAUGUCUUCUUAUUCAUGCCUCUUUAUGAUGUGACUGCUCUCUUUGCUUUGUAUUUCAGCAGUUGGCCAUUUGGGUUUAAAGCAAUUAAUCCUGUCCUCCAAGGGGAUUCUAAGAUCAUUUUUUUUCUUCACCAAGACUUUUCAGGGUGAGAUUUCAUCUAAUUGAAGGAUGGUGAUUUUAGAAGCAAAACAGACUCUACCAGGUCUACUUAAUGAGCUCCAAGCUUGAAUCAAAAUAGCCCCCUCUUCUCUGGGAAAAUAGUUCAAACUACACGAAUCUGAGUUGAGAUCUACCAGGAAGGUCUAGAGAUGUUACGUUCAUUUGGUGUGGCCUCCCUUGCAAGUGCCCUGAAAAGGGAACUGCAGUUUGAGAAUGGAUUUUGAUUAAGAUUCAAAAGCACAGAAAAGGAAGAUUUGGGUUUUAAACAAAGUCCGCACUUUGCCUGCCAUAUGCACCUUUUCCUUGUUAGAUGCCUUUCUCUGAGUGCUGAGCUUCAUAGACGUUUCUAGAGUGUCUAAUUCAUAUAGUGGAUUAGGAACUCCUUUGACAUCAUCAGUAGCUGCCAAACUGGCAAGGCCAGCCCUGCAACAGAGGUUCUCUUUCCCAUGGAGAGAGUACCCAAUAUGCCUCCUGUCCUGAUAGUCUAAAAUUGCCCCCUGGGUUGGUUUGGGGUUUAUUAGGGGAAUUUGUUUCAGAGACAGAUGACUUCCCCUCUCCCAUAGUUAACACGGGCUGCCUAGGAUUUCAGUAUCCUCAUGAUCUCACCCUCCAGAUGGUAUUCCAUCUUCCAAGAUAACCUUUCCUGCAUUACCAUUUAAAAGGAAAUGUCUUUGGCCAAAAGGGAAAACUCUGGGAGGCUGGUACUCAUUGUGAGGUUAAUAUACCAGCUAUUACUUUCUGCAGAAGAAGAGUGGGACCUUGGUUGAGAUACAAUUUGUAUCUAUCUCAGCUAGUUUGGCCGUGGUGUCUAAUAGAACAGCCUCGUACUCUCCUUUUUUAUUUUUCAGUUUGUUGUUCAACAGCAGCCAAACAAGAAUGCAGUCAAUCACCUCUAACAAAAAAGCAGUGGCCUCAGCAGGUAGACAUUCUUCUCCAUGGGUAAAUUUGGUUCUGUUUUAAUAAAAUGUGAGACCUAACCCAUUAAUGGUUGCAAUGGGUAAACUCUUGUCUAAAAUAUAAUAGUUUUUGCUCACCAACUCCCUCUCCUGGACCCUCAGAAUCUGGAAUCUUUAGGCAACUGGUUUUCAGAAUGCAUUUGGACUUGGCAAAGACAGCUCAGAAAGAGACCAAGCCUCAUGAAUGGGGCCCUUUCUUUGACCUCACAUAACAAAAUGUCUGGCAUUUCUUGUCAGAAGUUGGGCCCCUCCCACGAGUUGUCUCAAGUAUUCAUUUGGAACUUGAUAGGCAUCCUGAGGCACAAGCCAUAUGCCACAAGUUGAAGUAACUGGCCAAGGUUGUUUUCCUAAACUAGGCUUUUUCAGAAGGUCAUUAAAUGUUUAUGCUGAAACUGACACAAAGACCCUGCCUGAAAUGUGAGCACCCUUCAGUGGGAGGCGUCCCGGCAUUCCUCACAAACCAAGCCCACCUAAAGGCGAGCGGGUCUAAGGAGGUGGGGAGAGGCCUGGCCUUCCUUUUUAAGCCUCAGUUAACAAUAAACCUGGGGGUUUUGCACUCUAGUUAAUGCUACUGGGUUAAGACAGAUAAUAGUUAUGUUCCAACUAAACUGCAGGUACAGAUUUCCGGCUGAGAAGACAGACUAUCAGAGUCCAGAUGGAGAGCCAGAGUAACUGGCUUCUGGAAGUGGCCUUCUCACAGCAUGUUUGUGUGUGUUGUCAGUAAACAGGCAAUAUUUUUCCCCUCUAUCCAUCCUUAUCAAUGCAUAUAGUUUUGUCCAGAGACCUUGUAUUGGGUGCCUUGUUUUUUGCACAGUGGGACAAACUGGAGUAGAAUUGUAUAAUUGAAGACACUAAUUUUUUUUUCUGUAAUUGCCACUUGUGAAUUUUGUCAUGUGGCUUCUACUCAUGACUCUUUUCUGCCUCUGGAGACAGGCUACUUUGUGCACAUAGCUUUGUUCACAGCACCCCGGGAUUUUCCCAAAUCCCGAUCCUUUCUGUCCAAGCUCCCCUUUAGACAUAGUCUGGCUUUCUCCUUCCUGCACGCUGCUUCCCUUUUUUCCCAUCAAGCCCCUUUAAGAUCUUUUCUCUUUCAUUUCGGUGCCAGUACUUUGUUUAAACAAUGGAACGAAGAUUUGUUCAUUCUGGAAACGUGCUAUUAUUUGAUGUAGUCUGAUUGGGUAGUUUUUUGUUUAUAUAUUUAUAGUAAUAAAUUCAUGCAGCAAUAUACCAUGUGUUUAUCAUUUCCUUUGAAUGGCAAUGAGGUGAAUUGUGACUGGAUCUCUAGUUGAAUGUUAACUAAUCAGUUUUCAUUAAAUUUUUACCAUUCUAUAAGA